UUUAUAUAAGAUUUUGGAUAUACCACAAUUUACCUGGAUGGGGCAACCAUGGCGAGCCUUGCCACUUUUCAUUCACUGCACAUCUCGCAUGUGUAUGUGACAAAUAAACUUGACUUGACUUGAUUUGAGUUGACUUAUUAUUGAAUUGGCUUAUAUGAGCCGUAGCUAUUCCAGAAUUUCAAACCAGCCCUGACACUUAAAGAACAUUUCGUCAUGGCAUGUCUAUAUAUUAACGACAAACUAUCCUUGGAAUAGCUAUAUCAGCUGCAUUAGCUACUAACUUAUUUUAGCCUGGGCUCUGUCAUAUUAUCCAGAUAUCUACAUUGACCCCAUCCACAACAUUGUCUAUCUGGUAUUCAUUAAUGCUAUCAGUUAUGGUAACAUUUAACCACCUAUCAACUACGUGGCAAAAGUAAUUGGGAUAGUAGAGGCCCCGGACUGUUGGAGAGUGUGGAGGAGGGUCAAGGCGGUGAGUACUUAAAUCAGCUGCGGGGCUUUAUUUCACAGAGGCACGGGACCGUUGGAGAGUGUGGAGGAGGGUCAGGGAGGUGAGUAUUUAAAUCGGGCGCGGGGCUUUAUUUCACAGAGGCCCGGGACCGUUGGAGAGCAGUGGAGGAGGGUCAGGGCUUACCAAAAUACGUAACGUUCCACACUCCAUAGGGAGGGUUCUGGUGGAAGCCGCUGAUUGGUGGAAGCAGACUAGAGGAAGCAGCUGAUUGGGUGCAACCUCAGGUUAGCAUUUGUGCUUUCUGGUUAAAGGUACAGUGCUUUAGUAAAGGUACAGUGAGCUAAGGGUACAGUGGGCUAAAGGUACAGUGCUUUUUGUUUAUAUAAUAAAGGUGCAGUUUAAAGGUCAAGAGGGAGCAGCUGUUGUGAGUCAGAUACCUGCUGAUUUCUCCCAGCAGUUUAUAUUGUAUUAUACUUGUAUCGGAUCCAGGGUAAGGUGGGAGAAUGACAGUCAGAGCAGUGUACUGUUCUGGAUGUCAGAUGUGGGAGGUCAUGGUGUCGGAUGGCCCUCCAGACGUCCACAUCUGCACCAGGUGCAGCGAGAUGGGGCUCCUAAGGGACCGUAUUAGGAUCCUGGAGCAGCAGCUCGAUGACCUCUGUUUGAUCAGGGAGAGUGAGGAGGUCAUAGAGGGGAGUUAUAGGGAGGUGGUCACUCCAAAACCACGGGAGAGAGACAUGUGGGUCACGCUAAGGAAGGGCAAGGGGCAGAGGCAGGAACGAGUGAGUACUCCAAUGUCGGUACACCUUGCAAAUAAGUACUCCUGUUUGAGUACGGAUGGGGGUGACAGCCUACCCGGGGGUAGCGACAGCGGACGGGCCUCCAGCACAGAGACCGGCCCCUUUGCUCCGAAAGGUAGGGAAAAAAAGAAGAGAGCAAUAGUAAUUGGGGACUCUAUUGUUAGGGGGUCGGAUAGGCGAUUCUGUGGACGCAGUCGGGAGACCAGGAUGGUGGUCUGCCUCCCUGGUGCCAAGGUCUCGGACGUGUCUCAACGCAUCCAAGAUAUCCUGAAAUCAGAGGGAGAGGAGCCUGAGGUCGUGGUACAUAUAGGUACCAAUGACAUAGGUAAAAAAAGGGAAGAGGUCCUGAAGGGAGGAUUUAGGGAGUUGGGAGGAGAGUUAAGGAAAAGGACCAAAAAGGUAACAAUCUCAGGAUUACUGCCUGUGCCACGCGACAGUGAGAGUAGGAAUGGAGCGAGGUGGAGGAUAAAUGUGUGGCUGAAAGACUGGUGCAGAGGGCAGGGAUUCAAGUUUCUGGAUCAUUGGGACUUCUUUUGGGGAAGGUGGGACCUGUACAGAAAGGACGGGUUGCACUUGAACCCGAGGGGGACCAAUAUCCUGGCCGGGAAAUUUGCAAAGGCUACUGGGGAAACUUUAAACUAGAAUGGUUGGGGCGAGGGACUCAAAUAGCGAAAGCUAGUAGACGGAAUGGGAGGCAGGAAGCAGAAAAGGGAAGCACUCGGACAAAGAGGAGAAAGAAAAAAAAGGAAAUAAACAGAGAAUAAGAGACGGGGGGGUU